AUGCUCCCUCACCACAUCUUUCUUUCUCUAUUCUCCGCCGCCACCUUCGUCUCUUCCCAGACCACCACCGUUGUCUCACUCUUCCUCAACUCCCCAGUGCCCGGCGUCUCCACCGGCGGGACGGGCUAUGUUGUAGAGGCCAACCCCACGGCGACGACGUACGUGCUUGACUGCGUGAAGGCCCUCUGCGUCGGCUCCAAACGCGCCGAGUACGCCCGCGUCACCGCGGCCCCCGGGUACCAGGAGUAUAACGCAGACAACGACGGGACGUCAGUUCACCGGGCGUGCAGCUUCAAGGGUUCAGCGGAGGCCACGUGCGUCGAGUCGGAGAGCACCACGUCCUCGGGUGGAAGCUAUGGGACGGUAACAUACGUGCCCGUGGCGCCGAUAAGCCGGUUCACAGAGAAUGUAUUUGCCUUUCCGGGCUUGCAGGCCGUCUUGAUUACCUCAGGGGUGGACAAGCUGGCGGGUGCGGCGACGGCCACGGCGACAACACCAACGACUGGCGGUGGCGCAUCGACGACUGGGACUUCCCAACCAAGCUCUUCGACGAAUGAUGCGGCGUCUCGUAUCGAGACCAAGAAGCUUGCUUAUAGUGUUGUGGCUGUCGCUUUGUUACUCGUAUGUGUGUAA